GAUUUACCUCAUUCCCGGCACUGCACAGGGAAUGCCCCGCUGUCGGUCGACGUCACCUGCGGCAGGAAGAGGACAAGCUCCUGUCGGACCUUCUCUUUGGUGCCAACAACAAAAACAGGGAACCCGGCCGCGCGAAGAGGAGACGAGAAUGCGACGGCCGCUGCUGCACCUCCUCAGAGUCAGGAGCCGAACCUAGGAUUUUUCUCCUGUUUCUUGAUCCUUUGGCUUUUUGAUCAAUUGCCAGCUUCGAUCCAGGAAGUCAUCUCCUGUGAGCUCUUAGCGUUACGUGAAAGUGUUCCUGAUUCCUCACAAAACGAAGCAAUCGCGGUUGUCAUGGCCAACUUCAACUGGGUGUCCCGUUUGCUGGGGUGGGAUAGGCAUCCACGCCAUCAUCACGACUUCCACUCGGACUGGAUCCGCGAUGACCGAAGACGCCUUUCAACAGCUUACACUUGGGCCUGUUGCCCCCAUCUAGUCCUGCCGCAAUAUCGAAGCGAGCAUCUCGAGUCCGCGAUCCCUGCCCCCGAAGUAACAAAGAUUGCCCUCAAGCUUCGACACCUGAUUGAGCUGGCAGUCCCCUGCGAAUUGGACGAAGUCGAGAUCACAAAGGCGCAUAGCAAGAUCAUCACGACCAACGUCGUCAAGGCCGCCAAGGAAGCUGGCGGCUCGCACUACGGAUCAUGUGUUGUCUUCUGCUUGAUUGUCUGCAAGAGAUGGUUCAAGCACCAGGCCUUGGCUGAGCUCUGGGACGCCGACCUACACAGAGUGCGCGCCGUCGCUUGUGAGGUUAUUGCGAAGCAGAUCAUCGAAACCGAAGACGACCUUCAAUAUCUAAUGCACUCCGUUCUCCUCCGCCGAUACUCUGUAGUUGUGGACGGCGAAGCCACACCGCCCGCGAACGCUAUCGAAAAGGCCGUCGAUCUCCACGCCGUCAGAGUCAUUGGCUCUUCGGGAUACCAAAAAUGCAUUUCAUACCUGUGGAAGGGAUGGUUGGUCCAGGACGAAGACGACCCUGCAGUAUUCGUCGACUACAAGGACAAGACGAAUCCGUCCUUCCUCGUGCACAUGGAUCCCGACCGCAUCCAUGCUCCCAUGUACCAGAAUGCCACUCAGGUGCUUAUCUCCCUCAUCUACAUUGGUCUCUACACUGCCGUCAUCAACUCGGUCAACGCCAAGGGUGUUUUGGACGCGGCUGAGGUGUUGUUGUACAUCUUCACCCUCGGCUUUAUCUGCGAGGAGGUCACCAAGUUCUGGAAGGCCGGCUACCACAUUCUGGGUUUCUGGAACGCAUUCAAUGGCGUUCUCUACACCUUCAUCACGCUAUCCCUGAUUCUUCGCAUAAUCGGCCUUACCCACGACGAGGGUGAACCCGCGCGGAAAAUGUACAGUGAACUGAGCUACAACUUCUUGGCUUUCAGCGCACCCAUGAUUUGGUCUCGCCUUUUGCUUUAUCUCGACAGCUUCCGCUUCUUUGGAGCUAUGCUUGUCGUGCUAAAGGUCAUGAUGAAGGAGUCAAUCAUCUUCUUCGCCCUGCUUGCUGUGUUGAUCAUUGGAUUCCUCCAGGCCUUUAUUGGUCUCGACUUGGCAGACGACUUGGUGGCUGAUGAUAUAACAUUCAUCAUGUCAGCCAUGGCUAACGCCAUCAUGCAGAGCCCCGACUUUGACGGAUUCGACAGGUUCUCGCCGCCGUUCGGUAUCAUCCUGUACUACUGCUUCACGUUCAUUGUCAUGGUCGUUUUGCUCAACAUCCUCAUUGCGCUGUACAACUCCGCAUACGAAGACAUUUACGACAACGCCAACGACGAGUACCUCGCGCUGUUUGCCCAGAAGACGAUGCAAUUCGUCCGUGCCCCCGACGAAAACGUCUACAUCCCGCCAUUCAACCUCAUUGAGAUGAUUGUCAUUUGCCUCUUCUGGUGGAUGGAGAAAUCCAAGUUCGAGAAGAUGAGCGACGUUAUCAUGGGAAUCCUCUACUCGCCGGUCCUAGUUGUCGCCGCAAUCUUCGAGACUCGCUCAGCCGCCGACAUCAGGAGCAACCGAGCGAGAGGUGAGGAAGACGACGACACAAUCGAGGAGUGGGAGCAGAUGAUGGACCAGGUAGACUUCGAAUCCGAUGGAUGGAACAAGGUCUGCGCAAGCGCCAAGACCAACUUGGAGCACGAUCCUACGAUCUACGAGGUGCAGCAGUUGCGAAGCGAAGUUGAAGAGCUCAAGAAAAUGUUGGUCGAGAUCUCCAAGGCCGUUUCGGCUGGAAAUGCCGGUAACGGUCAGGCUUCGACCAACUUGAUUGAUCUGGGAGAGCCAGCCGAGAGCUCCUCCAGCAAGAAGAAGAAUAAGAAGAAGGGCAAGAAGAACAAGAAGGAGAAGAAGGCAGGCGAUGACGCCAAAGAAGCAGCAGCGGCAGCGUCCUCCAGCUCGAGCGAUGAAGAGUGA